GUGGCUGUGGCUGUGGCAGUGACACCUCAAACUUCACCCACUACCUCAGCCACCGGCAAGCAAGCCCCAUCCCUCUCUCAUGGCCGCAGAUCUCCCAAACUCCGUUAAACAACUCUCCGAUUCCGGCGCCUUCUCCUCCCUCCCUCUCCAAUUAUACGCCUCUCGAGAUCCCACCGCCCCCUCCGACGUCGACGCCACUCUCGAGCCCCAAAUCCCGACCAUCGACCUCUCCCUCCUCACCGGAGCAACUCCCCGCGAACGCGCUCGCAUGGUCCAACGGCUCGGCCGAGCCUGCCAAGACUGGGGCUUCUUCAUGGUGGUCAAUCAUGGCGUGCCGGAGGGGCUGCGGCAGGCGAUGCUGGAGGCGGCCAAGAAGUUCUUUGACCUGGAGGAAGAGGACAAGGCGGAGCUCCGCGGCGAAAAUGUCUUGGAUCCCAUCCGAUACGGCACCAGCUUCAACCCCAAGGCAGAGGUCGGCGUCCGGUAUUGGAGAGACUUCCUCAAGCUGGCCGUGCACCCAGACUUCCAUUCUCCGGCGAAGCCACUUUGUUUCAGCGAUGUAUUACGCGAUUACGCAACUUGCACGAGGAGAGUGGGCAUGGAGCUGCUCAAAGGCAUAUGGGAAAGCUUGGAGUUGGAAGAGAACGACAUGAACAAGGCCUUGAAGCUCGACUCAUGCUUCCAAGUCUUCGUUGCCAACUUGUACCCUCCCUGCCCACAGCCAGAGCUCGUCUUCGGCCUUCCUCCUCACUCCGACCUUGGCCUGCUCACGCUCCUCCACCAGAACGGCGUGGACGGCCUCGACGUCGAGCACGGAGGCAAGUGGGUACACGUCAAACCCCUCCCCGGCUCCUUCCUCGUGAACGCCGGCGAUCACAUGCAGAUUGUUACCAAUGGGAGAUACAAGAGCGCGCUGCACCGAGCCAUGGCCAACGGCAAGAGCACAAGGGUGUCGGUGCUGACGGUCGUGGGGCCUUCCCUGGACACGGUGGUGGAGCCGGUGGCUGCUCUGGUUAGCUCGGAGAGGCCGGCCAUGUACAGGGGAUGGAGCUACAGGCAGUUUCUGGAGUGCCAUCAGGGGAAUCAGCUCAAAGAGAAGGCUGUGUUGGAACUACUGCGAUGUAGAGAUCAUGAAGAUGUAAUUUAACUUGUAGUAAUAAUGCUUAUGAUCAAAUACCAUGGAUGGUCAAAUCAUCAACUUGUUGACAUAUGCUUUCUCUCAAGACUGUUGAUGACUGAAA